CAUCAAAUUCAUUGCCUUUCGAUCGAGCCUAUAAUAAUAUAUGAGAGAGAGAGAGAGAUAAGAGAGAGAUGGCAUCGAGCACGAACAGAUUCGGCCUCGUACUGUUGAUCUUGGUUGCAUCGACGACCUUCUUUCCGGGCAAAGCUCAGGCAGAUUAUUGGAGUUGCAUGUAUAACUGUCAUGCAGGUUAUUUACUUUGCUGCCAGUAUUGUUUCUCGGAGUCCAUUGGCAUGAAGGGCCAUCCCAAGUCAGAUGAAAUGAAAUUUUCUUGUAGGUGGAGUAAACAGCGUGGCACCUUCGAAACACUACGCACCACCACCAUUGGUGCCAGGUGGGGAGAAGCAUCCGUAACAUUCACAUCCGAAACAUUACAAAAGCUGGAAGCAUCGAAUCGAAACACUUCAAACAUGCUCACCAUUAAAAGCACAGAAACGAUGGUCUCUCUUAUAUCUGGUGUUCUCUCUCUCUUCUAUCUUGUGUCUCCAUUAUUCACGCAAUCUAAAUACCCAAUUGGUUAUGGUUGUAACGUACGUGCACUGAAAUAUCGAGGUCAAUCUUAACAACACUGGUUUUCUAUUGUUAAAAACGUAACGAAACAGACCAUCUAGCUUAAAAUGACCUUGGGUUGAUUGAUCUUAACACCAUUUGUUAAAUCAGUAAUACUACAUUUUGUGCCCGUGCUACGCACUGGGCGGACCGGAAAACCAUCCAUCAUCAUUUAUUUAUUUUUCAUUUGGUA